GACUCUUCACUAAUCUCUUCAAAACUUCUAAAAUCUCUCUCUUUCUCUAUCUAAUAUCUAUUAUCUCUCUUUGUGUCCGAGCUUUCUUCUUUGCUUAGAAAAGCUCAGCCAUUUUUGCUCAGCGUCUUCUGACGUGUCAGUCCUUAAUGUCGCCGGUCAUGGUCUUAAGAUUAUUUCUCAUUAGAAUUAGAAUCUCCCGUUACAGGAGUGCUCAGUAGAAAUUAGAAAGUAGAAGAAGGUUUGUACGUAUAUUGGACCGUAGAGAUUGAAUUCUCCUAGGCCAAUGGAGGGUCAGAAAUCGCAAGCAAAGCUUACUAGGACCCAGUCAUCGCUUCUCCGGUCGUCACCCACCAUCCGAUCGUCCAUCCACAGUCUGAGCUCUGUCACCGAAGCUGAGAUGCACAACGAGCAAAUGGAUGAAGAAGAAGGCAAAGUGAAAGAAGAAGAAUUGUUACUCAAACAAGAAAAGAAAAGGAAACAACUCGGGUCAUCAAAUCGAACCGGGUCGACCCGGUUUCUACCCAUUUUCGCAGUGGCUUCCCUCUCCUUCUUCACGCUCUUCUCUCUUUUUCUCCUCGUUUACUUUUUGAACAUGAAGAGAGAAGAAGUCCCCACCUCGGAGAACCUCUUGUUGGCUUUAAUCUUUAUAGCUAUUACUCUGUUCUUGGCGAACAAGAACAAGAAAUUAAUCAGACAAAUAACGCAAGAAACCACAAAAAGAUUCACACUUACUUCAAGAAACCAAACGAAACCAAUCCAAUGGUUCAUUGGAGAGUCAGACGUGGAGAGACGAAGGAAUGAGAAAGUAAAGAAGAAGAUUGUGCGUGAAGGGGUGGAGUUUUACAGCAACGGAGAUUUCUACGAAGGAGAGUUUCACAAAGGGAAGUGUAAUGGAAGCGGGGUAUAUAAUUACUUUGUGAAUGGGAGAUAUGAAGGAGAGUGGGUUGAUGGGAAGUAUGAUGGAUAUGGCAUAGAGAGCUGGGCGAGAGGGAGUAGAUAUAAAGGGCAAUAUAGGCAAGGGUUGAGGCACGGAUAUGGUGUUUAUAGGUUUUAUACCGGCGAUUCUUAUGCCGGACAAUGGUGUAAUGGGCAGAGCCAUGGUGUUGGUGUUCAGACUUGUGCUGAUGGGAGCUCUUAUGUGGGUGAAUUCAAAUGCGGUGUCAAACAUGGCCUUGGUCACUACCAUUUCAGAAAUGGAGAUCGAUAUUCUGGAGAAUAUUUUGGGGACAAAGUCCAUGGAUUUGGUGUUUAUCACUUUGCUAAUGGCCACUGUUACGAGGGAUCAUGGCAUGAAGGCCGUAAACAAGGCUAUGGCAUGUAUACUUUUCGCAAUGGUGACACAAGAUGCGGAGAAUGGGAUUGUGGCAGCCUCAAGACCCCUCUUCCCCCACAUACGGAUGCAGUACUUAGAGCAGUUCAGGGUGCUAGAAAAGCUGCUGAGAAUGCCAUUCACCUACGCCGGGUGGAUGAACAGGUGAACAAGGCAGUGCUGGCCGCAAAUAGAGCGGCCACUGCUGCUAGAGUUGCUGCUGUCAAAGCUGUCCAGAACCGGAUGGAUGGUAAAUUUUGUGAUACAGAUGUUUAGGAAUUUAGCUUUUUUGCAAAGUGUAAAUUUUACUAAUUUUAUGUACCUGGAAGAGGUCAACCCGUAUAGCAAAAGCUUAUCAGAGGUUGACAGAGUAUGUUUGAGGUAUCUUUGAUCACACUGUAACUUGUAUAUAAACCCUGUAAAUGAAUGGAAGAUGAAUGGUCAA